UAUGUGGCAAAAAUGAUGAGACUUUGGUUCAGAACCAUUAGUCACCAUGCUGACAUGCCUGUCUUGUCUGCCUGUCUGUCUCUAGCUUAUAAAUACACCACAACAUCACUGUCAGUACACAGUGGGCGGGAGAGACAGGAAGAGAGGAAGAUGUCACAGGUGAAGGAAAUAAUGACGCGAAGGAUGGGUAGAGAAGAGCGAGACACACCUUAAAGAAUAAUAGUUGGGGGGAGAGUCGAAGUUAUAGACAACAAAUACUUGGCAUUUGGUGUGGUGUCUACAGUGCAAAAGAAUGGUGAUGGAACAGUUAUUUGUGGCUGUGCUAAUGAUGUCUGCACACCUAGCAGUCUCAUAUCCUCUGAUUACAGCGAGAUAUUACAUGGAUGGAGGGAGACAAUGCAGACUGUGUCCACCAGGUCAUUAUCAGAAGUCCUGUUCAGAGUGCUCUCCCUGUCGAGAUGGUUCCUACACAACACGAUUGAACGCAGAGUCCAGUUGUCAUUCUUGCUUCAAAGACUGCAAACAUGAUUUGCACCUGGUGGAGGAUGAGCCGUGUACUUCUGUAUCGAACGCUAGAUGUCGCUGUGAGGCUGGUUUUACCUGCACCGACAAAGACGACCAGACAGGAAACUGUAGAGACUGUGAGAAGGUCCCUCAGCUGCCCGCACCUCCCCUGCCACCUAGCAAUGUGGGCAUCAGAAACAACCAGACAGGAACUUCCUCUGAACACAGCAGGACUUCCGCUGGACGCUGUCAACCUCCUAACUGUGACACUCCACGAUCACCAGUCUCACAAGCAGGCAACGCCACUCAUCACACCACAGCUGACACCAGCAAACACUUGGCAGCCAUUUUGUGUCCUAUGGUGGUCAUUGGAAUCCUAGCCGUUAUCAUUCUGUCAUGUAUCCGUCGCCCAGGAAAUGAAGCCUGUUUCAAACAAGCUCUCAAGUUCUGUAACAAGGGAGUAAGAGAAGCGUCGCCUAACAAGACCAAAGAGCCACCUCAUCAACACAAUGCCAGAGAGACACAGCCCAGUAUUCAGCACCAGACAGUGGAUCCACCACCUAUUACAGCAGCAAAUAUGGGCCCGGUCCAUGUCCAUAAUGCUGGAACAGUCAUCUUCAGUUUACUCAACCAGUUCACUGGUAUGGGUGGAGGGAUGGAAGAGAGAGGGCAGAAAGAGAGGGAUGAGGAAGGAUGUCCGACCCACCCCACACCCUCCCCUAACAUCCAUCUAUCCCAGGAGGAAAGGGAUGGGGAGAUGGACUGUGUAUUCUUCCCUUCACAGGAACAAGGGAAGGACAGUCACGUUUCCAAAGAGGAGGUGCAUUGAGGGGAGGGGGAUUGAGGACAGAGGACGCACCAAGUGAAAGCUUCUCUUCUAGGAUCAGUUUAGCCAACCAUACAUCCUAAUGUUAAUCAUAAGGAGGAUUAAGACUUACCACUGACCCUGGAUCAGUGGUAAGGGACAACAUCUACCUGGGGCUCUAUUCAGUCUGUAUCACUACAGAUUGCGUGAUAGGAACAGAGGUCAUUUCUGAUUGAGCCAACAUAUGCAGCGUUUAAUUACACAGGAACAUUGCCUUUACAUUUCUUUCAGGCUGUAAAGCUGCACUUCUGCAAUACAGAUUGAAUAGAGCCCUUUUAUUUAACUAGGCAAGUCAGUUAAGAACAAGUUCUUAUUUUCAAUGACGGCCUGGGAACAGUGGGUUAACUGCCUUGUUCAGGGGGCAGGACAACAGAUUAUUACCUUGUCAGCUCAGGGAUUCAACCUUUUGGUUACUAGUCCAAUGCUCUAACCACUAGGCCACCUGCCACUCUUACUCUCAGAACACCAGUGAAUCCCAAAACUCUAGAAUGGCCAUUAUUUCCUGUUCUAGACUUAGAUAGAGCUAGACAUCUCACUAUGGUGGUCAUGUACACAUCCACUUGCUCUCAUUUUAUUGAACUGUAUAAAAAGCUUUGUCUCAACUGCUGCAAACAGUUUUUUUUCUGUGUUCAUUUGGCACCUUGAACUGUUUUUUCACAAAUUAAAAGCAAAAUACGAAAUAUAA